ACGAGGUGCAGGAGGUCGUCCAUUUCCCGGCCGCCGCGCACCCGCCCGGCGCCGCGCUAGAGUGCACCUACAUCAAAAUUGAGCAAGUCGAAAAGACCCACGCCGUGGUGCUGAGCCGGCCCUCCUGGCUCUGGGGGGCAGAGAUGGGGGCCAACGAACACGGCGUGUGCAUCGGGAACGAAGCGGUGUGGGGGAGAGAGGAGAUCUGCGAUGAUGAAGCUCUCCUCGGCAUGGACCUCGUAAGGCUUGGACUUGAGAGAGCAGACACAGCUGAAAAGGCUCUUACUGUCAUAGUUGACUUGAUAGAAAAAUAUGGACAGGGAGGAAACUGUAUGGAGAGCCACAUGGUAUUUACAUACCAUAACAGUUUUCUGAUAGCCGACAGAAAGGAAGCAUGGGUGCUGGAGACAUCAGGAAAAUACUGGGCAGCAGAAAAAGUAGAAGGAGGUGUACGGAAUAUUUCCAACCAGCUCUCUAUCACAACCAAGAUUGACAGAGAACACCCAAAAUUGAAGGAAUAUGCCAAAAGCAAGGGCUGGUGGGAUGGGGAAAAGGAAUUUGAUUUCGCUGCCACAUAUUCUUAUGUAAAUACUGCCAGGAUGACCACAUCCAGAGGCCGAUACUCUGAAGGCUAUAAACUUCUGAACAAACACAAAGGAUCUAUCACUUCUGAAAUAAUGAUGGAAAUUCUUCGGGACAAAGAGAGUGGCAUUAAUAUGGAAGGUGGAUUUAUGACAACUGGAAGCAUGGUGUCUGUAUUGCCUCAGCAGCCUAAUCUGCCGUGUAUUCACUUCUUCACUGGAACUCCAGAUCCUGCGAGGUCUGUAUUCAAGCCUUUCAUUUUUGUGCCCAAUAUUACUCAGUUAUUAAAAACUAGUUCCCCUACAUUUGGUCAUGAUGAUCCAGUUAAGAAGCAACCACGUUUUCAGAAUAAGCCAGAUCGAAGACAUGAGCUCUAUAAAAAACAUGAAAGUGCUGCUGUAGUUAUGGAAACUAUCGAGGGCCAAGGUAAAGAGAUGCUGAAAGAGAUACAGGAGUUGGAGAAACAGAAGAUAAGUGAAAUGGAAUCAGUCCUGCAAAAUGGAUGUCUUGACGUUAACCAAGCAGUUAACCUUUUUUCACAGUGUGUAGAAGAAGAACUCAAAAUAUAUAGCUAAACCUACUAUUUGAAUGUGGUAAAACUCAGUUUUAUGCUUAACUCUUCUAAUGAAGUAGCUAUAUAGAUUAUGUCUUAUUUUCAGUAUACCAGUUAGUACAGUCAGUUUUAAAGAUGCAAAUUCAUAUUCAGGCCAAACAGCUUUUUGCUGUAUGAAACAACACUGAAAACGCUCUAAGAGCUAGGCAGUGGCUUUGUCUGUAUGUGGCAUAAAGCUGUCAGCAGAGGUUGAUUUUGUCAACAAACAGAUGCAAUUAGGAUGUAAUAGCUUGACUAAAUUGCAGAACAACCCCAUCU